AUGACAUCUUCCGAGAACAAAACUGUCAUCAUAACGGGUUGCAGUAGCGGCAUUGGCUUAGCAACGACCCUGGUGUUCCUCUCACAAAGGGCGCGAGUCUUCGGUAUUGAUCUGUCGCCCUUCACCCAUGAGCUUGACGCCAUCUACAACGAUUCUUUUACUUUUCACAAAGCCGACCUUUGCAAGCCCGGCGCAGCCGAGGAUGCAAUAUCUGCUUGCAUUGCAAAAUACGGCCCGAGCAUCGACGUGCUAGCCAAUGUUGCGGGUAUCAUGGAUGCCUUCAGCAGCGCUGAUACGGUCAGGGACUCGGAAUGGGAGCGCGUGCUUACCGUUAACCUCACAGUACCUGUCCGGAUGAUGACGGCUGUAUUGCCCAGCAUGAAGAAUCAGCAAAGCGGUUCCAUCGUAAACGUUGGAAGCUAA